AUGUACACUAGCGAGUCCGGAAAUGGCACGCUCUCUGAAGCCUGUGUUUUUCAAUUAGCUAAAUCGAAUACAGCAUGUGCAAAACGGGAAGCUGGAAAGGGAUUAGCGAUCUCUACCGUCUCUGCAUAUCCUGAAAAAGCCUUCUUGGAACCAUUGAAUAACUACACACGAACGAUUGUUCAAAAGCGUACUCGAGUAAUAUCUAUCACUGGAUGGGUGUAUAACUACGAUUAUAACGGCGUCUACUCAAAGCUGCAACAAAAUGCAACACAUCCUACUCACAUAUUCCGAAUUUUGAUCGCAUGCAAGAACAAAUGGUCAUCAAGAGGACCGUACUGUGAAAACUCAAAGGACACUGAGGCGUUGUCAUUCAUCUUACCCCAUGUGGAUUCUGAAGAUAAUUGCUUGCCUCAUGAAAAACUUUUGCUGCAGUACACCGCAACAGUUAAAGAAGUCGAACAAAUCAGCGGGCAGUAUUUCAAUUUAACCAAUGUACCAUUCAUGGAGCAAGUUGUACUGAAAUUACAUGUUAAUACUGAACUAUGGUAG